AUGAGCGCCGGCGGGCAGCCGGCGGAGCCCUGCCCCCGCGGCGGGCCGUGCUCGGCGGGGAGCAGCCCCGUGCCCAGCCCCGCGUCACCGGCGCCCGAGGAGCCACUUCAGAAACGGCGAAGAACAGUGGAGGAUUUCAACCAGUUCUGCACCUUUGUUCUGGCCUAUGCAGGCUACAUCCCGUACCCUGAAGAGUAUGUGCCCUGGACCCAUGGAGGCAGCAUGAGCCCCCAGAACAGCACGGGGAGCACUCAGGACAGCGACAGCUCAACCUCAUCUCACUCCUCCGAUGGCCACAUUCCCAUGGACAAUAGGAAGAGCAGGAAUGCUGUGGCCAGGGGAGCUGUGGGCAGUGGCCUGCUAAUGAACAGCCCUGCUUUUUCUACUGCCUUCUACAAUGUGCGGCCCCAGCAAAUGAAACGGAAGAAACCACCAGCAAAGAAACGCAUUUUGGAGCAGGAGGUGAAGAAGAGGGUGCCGCUGAGUGCUUGGAAGGAUUUUGGGGCAGAGCAGGAUGGGGUGAAGCAGCUGGCUGCUUUGGCAGGACAGCUGUCUCCUGUGAAAGAGGAGCUAUUGGAGCCUUCUCUCAACCCGCCUGGGGACCCCCAGCCCAACUCCCUCCUGGAGGAGCCAAUGACGGAGGAGAAGGACUUGAUGUACGGAGCACAGGGAACUGAGAAGCCAGCAGAUGAUCCUCAGCUCAAGGAGCACGACCCCUUCUCUGGAGAGAGGAAAAGCCCUAGUCCCUGUAUUACCUUGGACCAAAGCACAGGGGAAGAUACAAGCACAGAGACCUCCCAGCUCAGUGUGGUCGAAUUCACAGAAGUUCCCAACACCAAAGCAGAAGACGACGAUGCCUGGGAUCUGAUCACCUGCUUCUGCAUGAAGCCCUUCGCAGGGAGGCCCAUGAUUGAAUGUAACGAAUGCGCUACCUGGAUCCACCUCUCUUGUGCCAAGAUCCGCAAAUCCAACGUGCCUGACAUUUUCAUCUGCCAGCGGUGCCGGGAUGCCAAGCAGGAGAUUCGCCGCUCAAACCGAGCUCGGACAGUGCCCCGCAAGCGCCUCGUUGACUGAUGCUCCUGCAGAGCAGGAAGGCUGGGGGCCCCUUUUUAACCUGAAGAC